AUGCAUGCCAGCACAUCUAAUUUGAAAUACCGAAGUGUGUGUUUCUGUUCGGAGCGUUUCUCCCGUAGUUUACUGGUUAUUCUGCACAUAUACCAGCAGGGUAUUGUAAAUAAAGUUUUACAGAAAUUGUUACUUAUUGGAGAUAGUGGAGUUGGAAAAUCCAGCUUGUUAAUGCGCUAUACGAAUGAUUGCUUUGAAAGCCAGUUGUCCGCAACUAUUGGUGUUGAUUUCAAAGUCAAACUUGUUACUGUUCCUGAUGGAACUAAAGUAAAACUUUCUAUUUGGGAUACAGCUGGUCAAGAACGAUUUCGUACUCUAACGCCUAAUGUUUAUCGUGGUUCACAUGCUGCUGUUUUUGUAUACGAUGUAUCGAAUCGUGAGAGUUUUGAGCAUCUUGGCAGUUGGAUGGAAGAGUUGACAACUUAUGCAGACAACCCAAAUAUGAUAAAACUCCUUGUUGGAAAUAAAAUCGAUAGCAUUCCUCGAGAAAUUCCACGUGAUGAAGGUCUUCGUUAUGCUCGUCUAUACAAUAUGCCUUAUGCUGAAACAAGUGCAAAAACUAAUGAAGGUGUUGCCCAGCUGUUUAAUGAAGUUGUAACAAAAAUAUACAAUCAUUCAGAAUUAUGGAGUCAAGGGAAAAAACGUGCUCUGUCCUCGGCUACAAAUCGUGCUCAUUUAACUCAAUCGUAUGAUAAACAACCUCAAAGUGGUUGUUGCUCUUAAUAAUAAUGAUAAUAAUAAUAGUGUUGUGUAUUGAUUGAUUGAAUGAUUGUAUGCAAUAUUCCUUUAGAUAAAAUGCAAACUCCAUGACUCUCUUCUUUUCACUCAAAUGCUGAAAUCCCACAUUCCACAUACACAUGUACACUUUACUUUUUUGUAUUAUUAUUAUUAUUCUUAUUUUGAACAUUUUGUUAUGUUACAGAAUUUCACCCUUCUUUUUGUUUUUACCCCAUUUACCAUAUCGGUAACAAAUGUUAAGGCUGUGAUAUAUAUAUAUAUAUAUAUAUAUAUAUUGAAAAUACUGUGAUCUCUUAUGCCGUUUCCAAGUGAUUGAUUACCAUUGACUCUCUUUCACAGAUAAACAGAGAUAGGUAUCCAGAAUUAUAAGACAAACUGUUUUUUUUAAAAUAUUUUUUCUUACAUUGGAUCUAUUUUUAUGGGAAGUAGUGAAAAAGAAAGUAGACACACAUACACACAGAUGCACACGCCUGUUGACUUUAUCAAUAUAAAAAAACGGUUUCUCUGUACGUUCACCUUUCUUGCAUACACACAUGAUUCUAAUUCAUGUUUUAUUUAGUUCAUAUUUAUUAUUUUAUUUAUUUCUUUUUUUUUAAAUUUUCAAAAGUUUAUCGUUUGUUCUAUUUUAUUGAUUGUCUUUUUCAUGUUUCAAAAAAGCUGUCAUCAUUAAGUGUUUGUUGUUCUUUGUCUGGGAAAUUUGGUUGUAGUAGUACUAAGGAACUGCAAAUUUCAACGUGGAGUUUUUUUUGGUUUAGUGUUUCGUAGGAUUAGAACAGUAGUAAUAACUAUUUAAUGUGAAAGAUUCUGAUUGACAAAUUGCAAUCAAACUUUUCAUGAAACCUUUUGUUGACAAGUUUGUGUACUUCAUAUAAACUGUGAUCAAGAAUUGACGGAAUAGUUCCAAAA